AUGCAGAUCCAGAGAUGCCCUGAGCUGGAGCCCACAGCCUGCACUCACUGCUGUGCUCCUGGAAAUGCCACUGAGCUGAUGCUGGAACCGCUGAGAGGCACGUGUCAUGCAGGUACUGGAGCCUGCCAGCACCUCCUCGUGGAAGAACUGAACCAGGAGCAGCAUGCAAGGGGGUGUGGAGAAUGUGCCCCGCAGACGUCUAUCCUGCUGCCCAGACAGCACAGAAGGGCCAGCGUGGGGCCCAGAACCAACAGCAAAGUCACCUGGGGGAGACCCAGAGAAUCCACUGUGGCCUGUGCCCUCGCACCCGACACGAGGACUAGGACAGACAGGAGAGCCUGGCGGCGGGGUAGCGGGGGCUGGCGGCUGCAGUACCUCUCACUUUCUGCAGCCACAGGAGAGCGGCCGGCCAAGGCUGCGGCUGGCCAGGUGGUUGGCCUGUGGCUGUCCAUCCAGGCACCUGGAUGCCCUGACCUCCGGCAGAUCCCAAGGAGCCACUUCUCCAGAGAAGGGAUCCAGGUGGCCACUGGCGGUCAUAAAGCCAUCUGGAAAAGCCUCUUGAUGGCCAAGCACAAGUGCCCAAGCCCCCGCAGGAGGCCCAUCGUGCCGCAUCUCUGGAGUGAUGGCAGUGGUGGCAGUGGCAGUGUGGGUAUCAGGAGCCUGCAGUCCUUCCCCGCGCACCUGGUGAUCUUUGCUCCUCCACCCGCCAGCCAGCUCGGCGGAGAGCCAGAGCUGAGGGUCCUUCACAUCCAGAUAUCUGAUGCUCCCCACAGCCCUGCAGAGAACCAGCAUGCUGGCUGCAUUUCAGAUGGGGAAACUGAUGGCCAAGAGACCUCCAAGUCCCCAGUGGGCAGGGCUGGCACUUAUCACUGGCUUCUGGACCUAGUCAUCCCUUGCCAGCCCCUGCAGAAGGGCCCUCCCUAUUCGGCCAGCCCCAGAGCCACAGAGGGGGGGCUGCCAAACCGCCCAAGGAGAGCAGAUGCUUCCAUCCCCUCUUCGCUGCCCCCUCCACCCGGCCCUGACAGAAGAGUCCCAGGGGACAAGAAGGGAAAGACUUCCUUCUUCAGUGAGAACCACCUGGAGGUGCCUGUGGCCACGACUCUGACUGACAAAGACCUGCAGCUGCAGUUUUCCACGUCCCAGCCCGAAGCCCUCCUUCUCCUGGCAGCAGGCCCAGCUGACCACCUCCUGGUGCAGCUCUACUCUGGACGCCUGCAGGUCAGACUUGUCCUAUGCCAGGAGGAGCUGAGGCUGCAGACCCCAGCAGAGAUGCUGCUGAGUGACUCCGUCCCCCACACUGUGGCUGUCAUAGAGGGCUGGGCCACAUUGUCAGUUGAUGGGUUUCUGAACGCCUCCUCUGCAGUCCCAGGAGCCCCCCUAGAGGUCCCCUGUGGGCUCUUUGUUGGGGGCACUGGGACCCUUGGCCUGCCCUACCUGAGGGGAACCAGCCGACCCCUGAGUGGUUGCCUCCAUGCAGCCACCCUCAAUGGCCACAGCCUCUGGCCUCUGACUCCCGACGUGCGUGAGUGCUGUGCUGAAGAGUUUUCUGCCAGUGAUGAUGUAGCCCCGGGCUUCUCUGGGCCCCACUCUCUGGCUGCCUUCCCUGCCUGGGGCGCUCAGGACGAAGGAACCCUAGAGUUUACACUCACCACACAGAGCCGGCAGGCACCCUUGGCCUUCCAGGCAGGGGGCCGGCGUGGGGACUUCAUCUAUGUGGACAUAUUUGAGGGCCACCUGCGGGCCGUGGUGGAGAAGGGCCAGGAUACCGUAUUGCUCCACAACAGUGUGCCUGUGGCCGAUGGGCAGCCCCAUGAGGUCAGUGUCCACAUCAAUGCUCACCGGCUGGAAACCUCCGUGGACCAGUACCCUAUGCAUACUUCGAACCGAGGAGUCCUCAGCUACCUGGAGCCACGGGGCAGUCUCCUUCUCGGGGGGCUGGAUGCAGAGGCCUCUUGUCACCUCCAGGAAUACCGCCUGGGCCUGAUACCAGGGGCCACCAAUGUCUCCCUGCUGGGCUGCAUGGAAGACCUCAGAGUCAAUGGCCAGAGGCGGGGGCUGCGGGAAGCUUUGCUGACGCGCAACAUGGCGGCCGGCUGCAGGCUGGAGGAGGAGGAGUAUGAGGACGAUGCCUAUGGCCAUUAUGAAGCUUUCUCCACCCUGGCCCCUGAGGCUUGGCCGGCCAUGGAGCUGCCUGAGCCAUGCGUGCCUGAGCCAGGGCUGCCUCCUGUCUUUGCCAAUUUCACCCAGCUGCUGACUAUCAGCCCACUGGUGGUGGCCAAGGGGGGCACAGUCUGGCUUGAGUGGUGGCACGUGCAGCCCACACUGGACCUGAUGGAGGCUGAGCUGCGCAAAUCCCAGGUGCUGUUCAGCGUGACCCGAGGGGCACACCACGGCAAGCUCGAGCUAGACAUCCCGGGCGCCCAGGCACGAAAAAUGUUCACCCUCCUGGACGUGGUGAACCGCAAGGCCCGCUUCAUCCACGAUGGCUCUGAGGACACCUCUAACCAGUUGGUGCUGGAGGUGUCAGUGACGGCUCGGGUGCCCAUGCCCUCAUGCCUGUGGAGGGGCCAAACUUACCUCCUGCCCAUCCAGGUCAACCCUGUCAACGACCCACCCCACAUCAUCUUUCCACAUGGCAGCCUCAUGGUGAUCCUGGAACACUUGCAGAAGCCACUGGGGCCCGAGGUUUUCCAGGCCUAUGACCCGGACUCUGCCUGUGAGGGCCUCGCCUUCCAGCUCCUUGGCACCCCGUCUGGCCUCCCCGUGGAGUGCCGAGACCAGCCUGGAGAGCCGGCAACCGAGUUCUCCUGCUGGGAGUUGGAGGCCGGCAGCCUAGUCUAUGUCCACCACGGUGGCCCUGCACAGGACUUGACGUUCCGGGUCAGCGAUGGACUGCAGGCCAGCCCCCCGGCCACGCUGAAGGUGGUGGCCGUCCAGCCGGCCAUACAGAUCCACCGCAGCACAGGGCUGCACCUGGCCCAAGGCUCUGCCAUGCCCAUCUUGCCCGCCAACCUGUUGGUGGAGACCAAUGCCGUGGGGCAGGAUGUAAGCGUGCUGUUCCGCAUCACUGGGGCCCUGCAGUUUGGGGAGCUGCAGAAGCAGGGGGCAGGUGGGGUGGAGGGUGCUGAGUGGUGGGCCACACAGGCGUUCCACCAGCGGGAUGUGGAGCAGGGCCGCAUGAGGUACCUGAGCACCGACCCACAGCACCACACUGACGACACCACGGAGAGCCUGGCCCUGGAGGUGCAGGUGGGCCAGGAAAUCCUGAGCAAUCUGUCCUUCCCAGUGACCAUCCAGAGAGCCACCAUGUGGAUGCUGCAGCUGGAGCCACUGCACACUCAGAACACCCAUCAGGAGGCCCUCACCACAGCCCACCUGGAGGCCACCCUGGAGGAGGCAGCCCCAAGCCCCCCAACCUUCCAUUAUGAGGUAGUUCAGGCUCCCAGGAAAGGCAACCUUCAACUACAGGGCACGAGGCUGUCAGAUGGUCAGGGCUUCACCUAGGAUGACGUACAGGCUGGCUAGGUGACCUAUGGGGCCAUGGCACGUGCCUCGGAGACAGUCAAAGACACCUUCUGUUUCCAUGUCACAGCUCCACCAUUCCCCCUGCUCUGUACCCUCUCCAUCCACAUUGGUGGUGACCCAGACGUUCACAUCCUCACCAAUGUCCUCCUCGUGGUGCCUGAGGGUGGUGAGAGUGUCCUCUCUGCUGCCUACCUCUUUGUCAAGAGUCUCAACAGUGCCAGCUACCUCUAUGAGGUCAUGGAGCGGCCCCGCCAUGGGAGGUUGGCUUGGCGUGGGACACAGGACAAGACCACUAUGGUGACAUCCUUCACCAAUGGAGGCCUGUUGCGUGGCCGACUGGUCUACCAGCAUGAUGACUCCGAGACCACAGAAGAUGAUAUCCCAUUUGUUGCUACCCGCCAGGGUGAGAGCAGUGGUGACGUGGCCUGGGAGGAGGUACGGGGUGUCUUCCGAGUGGCCAUCCAGCUGAAUGACCACGCCCCUGUGCAGACCAUCAGCCGGAUCUUCCAUGUGGCCCAGGGUGGGUGGCGGCUGCUGACUACAGACUACGUGGCCUUCAGCGAUGCUGACUCGGGCUUUGCUGACGCCCAGCUGGUGCUCACCCGCAAGGACCCCUUUGGCAGUAUCAUGGCCAUGGAUAAGCCCACGCGGCCCAUCUACCGCUUCACCCAGGAGGACCUCAGGAAGAGGCGAGUACUGUUCAUGCACUUGGGUGAUCAUGGCUGGAUCCAGCUGCAGGUGUCCGAUGGGCAAUACCAGGCCACUGUGCUGCUGGAGGUGCAGGCCUCGGAGCCCUACCUCCGUGUGGCCAACGGCUCCAGCCUUGUGGUCCCUCAAGGAGGCCAGGGCACCAUCGACAUGGCCGUGCUCCACCUGGACACCAGCCUUGACAUCCGCAAUGGAGAUGAGGUCCACUACCACGUCACAGCUGGCCCUCGCUGGGGACAGCUACUCUGGACUGAUCAGCCAGCCACCGCCUUCUCCCAGCAGGACCUGCUGGAUGGGGCCGUUCUCUAUAGCCACAAUAGCAGCCUCAGCCCCCGUGACACCAUGGCCUUCUCUGUGGAAAUGGGGCCAGUGCACACGGAUGCCACCCUACAAGUGACCGUUGCCCUAGAGGGCCCACUGGCCCCGCUGAAGCUGGCCCGGCACAAGAAGAUCUACGUCUUCCAGGGAGAGGCAGCUGAGAUCAGAAGGGACCAGCUGGAGGCAGCCCAGGAGGCAGUGCCGCCAGCAGACAUCGUAUUCUCAGUGAAGAGCCCACCAAGUGCCGGCUACCUGGUGAUGGUGUCGCGUGGCGCCUUGGCAGAUGAGCCACCCAGCCUGGACCCCAUGCAGAGCUUCUCCCAGGAGGCAGUGGACACAGGCAGGGUCCUGUACCUGCACUCCCGCCCUGAGGCCUGGAGCGAUGCCUUCUCGCUGGAUGUGGCCUCAGGCCUGGAUGCUCCCCUCGAGGGCAUCCGUGUGGAGCUGGAGGUGCUGCCCACUGUCAUCCCACCGGAGGUGCAAAACUUCAGUGUCCCUGAGGGUGGCAGCUUCACCCUGGCCCCUCCACUGCUCUGCAUCGCCGGCCCCUACUUCCCCACUCUCCCGGGCCUCGGCCUGCAGGUGCUGGAGCCACCCCAGCAUGGAGCCCUGCAGAUGGAGGAUGGACCUCGCGCCUUCUCCUGGAGAAUGGUGGAAGAGCAGCUGAUCCACUACGUGCACGACGGGAGCAAGACACUGACAGACAGUUUUGUCCUGAUGCUAACCCCUCCGAGAUGGGCUAACCCCUCCGAGAUGGACCACCAGAGCCAUCCUGUGGCCUUCACUGUCACUGUCCUGCCUGUCAAUGACGAACCCCCGGUCCUCACCACAAACACAGGCCUGCAGAUGUGGCAGGGGGCCACUGCGCCCAUCCCUGCGGAGGCUCUGAAGAGCACGGACGGCGACUCUGGGUCUGAGGAUCUGGUCUACACCAUCGAGCAGCCCAGCAACGGACGGGUAGUGCUGCGGGGGGCGCCGGGCACCGAGGUGCGCAGCUUCACGCAGGCGCAGCUGGACGGCGGGCUCGUGCUGUUCUCACACAGAGGAACCCUGGAUGGAGGCAUCCACUUUGGCUUCUCUGAUGACAAGCACACUUCCUCCGGACACUUCUUCUGAGUGAUGGCCCAGAAGCAAGUGCUCCUCUUGCUGGAGGGCAGCUGGACACUGACUGUCUGCCCAGGGUCCAUCCAGCCACUCAGCAGCCAGAGCCUCAGAGCCAGCUCCAGCGCAGGCACCGACCCCCAGCUCCUGCUCUACAGUGUGGUCUCGGGCCCCCAGCUGGGCCGGCUGUUCACCCAGCAGGGCAGCACAGGGGAAGCCCUGGUGAACUUCACUCAGGCAGAGAUAAGGGCCCCACUCUGCAGCUACCACUCAGACGCCCCCAGCCUCAGGCACAACAGGAGUUCUUCCAUAGCAGGGCAGAGCGGGGCAGACUCUUCCAUGGGCCGUCCUGGGCAGGUGGUGCACCUGAUGCUCCCACCAGGAGGCUGCGUGGGCAUCUGGACCCAGCACAUGACAAGCAUUGGACCUGGCCACCAGAACUGGCCAUCUCCAUCCGAGGCACUGGGGCCAUGGAUGCCGGAGCCACAUGUGGCUGAGAGCUGGCAGAGCCUGGCCCCCAGGGAGCGCUGA